AUGAAAAUAACACCGCGAGCCGCCUCUCGCGGAUUCCCCGCGUCCGCGGUCCUGCUCGCGAUCCUCGUCUGGUGUCACUGCGUGUGCCACUCGAUCGCGCACGCGAGAUCGCACCGCUUGAAGACGACGUCCAACGGCACCGAGCUCGUCGUCGACUGCGAGCUGGUCAGGCCGUUCUUCAGCACCAAGAACAUCACGCUCGAGCCGGCCGCCGCGGACACUCCGAGGACGACAUGCGGCGGCAAGUGCUGCGGCGAAGAGAUGGAGAAGCGUCUGAAGCAACAAGCCCGUGUGGACUUCCACAAUCUGAUCCAUCAUCACAGUAGAAGUCUACAAGGCCUCCUCGCCACCACCGCCGACGCUCUCAGAGAGACGGUGAUCGUGUUGCUGCGGAGGUCGGAGAACAAGACUCUGGUUAUGUUCGAUCAAGUGUACCGCUCGAUGGCGGUGCAGAGCAGAUCGUCGAUCCGAGCGCUCUACCAGGCGAUGAUGGACUACGUGUCGCCGGCUAACACCCCGGACAAUCUGCAGCAGCCGUUGACGCGAGAAACUUUGCAGGAGCGGAUCAGUCAAUUCUUCACGCGGCUCUUCCCGAUUGCCUAUCAUUACGCCAUUAAUCCGCAUCAGGAUCGGCAGGACUUCACCGACAAGUUUAAAUCCUGCCUGUACGAGAGGAUUAAUGACAUACAACCGUUCGGUGACACGCCGCAGGAGAUAUUUAAGAAGAUCGGCAAGAGCCUGGAAGCUACCAGGAUUCUCGUGCAGGCGUUGACACUCGGUAAAACUGUCCUCGACAAGACUGACAACGUGUUAUUUGCCACCAGCAGCGGUAACAAUCUUCAGCAGGAGGCCUGUUACGAUGCCCUGCUUAGAAUGACUUAUUGUCCCAAAUGCAAGGGAAUCAAGGAGGCUGUAAGUCCCUGCAGCGGAUUCUGCACAAACGUGGUGAGAGGCUGCCUGACGGAGCCGGCAUCCGAACUGGAUCUCGCGUGGUCCGGUUACGUGGAGGCGGUCGAGAGGCUCGUCGCGGCGGUGAGCGGCAAUACCGAUUACCACGGUUUGAACGUCAGGAUCGCCGUCAGGGAGUUGGACUCCCGCAUUUCGGAUGCCAUCAUGCACGCAAUGGAGGACGGUCCGCGGCUCGAGGAGAAGGUGAGAAGUGUGUGUGGUCGUUCGGAAUUGCAAUCGCCCGACGAGAAAAGCCCAGUGUCCUCGGAUGCAGCUGCGAAAUCGUCCACGUCGUCCACUGGCGAGGUGCACACAGCUGCGUCGUCGUUACCGCCUCACGCACAAGACAGCGUGCUGAACAAGUUGCACAAGCAGCUGGUUAACUUCCUGGCGAGCGUCCUCAGGUCCCGCAUCUUCUACGGCACAUUAGCGGACGCGAUCUGCGAGGAAUAUCCCGACAAACAUUGCUGGAAUGGCGAACGUGUCGGAGAAUAUACGAAAACUGUGGUGGAUUCCAGUCUGAAUGCUCAGAGAUAUAAUCCUGAAUUCACGAUAACGAUGUCGUCGACGCCAACCAGCUACUCCGGCAAUACGAACACCAGCGCGCUCAUUGAUCAAUUGAGACACAUUAAUCAGUUGGUGCAGUCCCAAUUGUCGUCCGACAUCGGACCGGAUGCCUUUCUGGCCGACGAGGCCUUGGACGGCUCCGGAAGCGGGGACAGCCCGGUCUGGAGGCAGCACGGUAACGGCGAGAUCGAUGAUGACGAAGACGGCCACGACCGCGAUGAUGACGACGAGGCCUCCGGCUCUGGAAUGGGUCCCACUACGAUAGACCCGUCGAUGAAGACUCAUCCGAACGGUCCGCUCCACGCUGGAUCGUCAACAAUCUUGUUAUCAUCCGUGGCCCUCGUAAUCGUAUGUGCAUCGCUUAUCGCUUAA